CGAACACUUCGCUUCUUUAAUCUUCUACGUCUUCUAUUCAGUACACAAUGGAUCCGUUCUCUGCUGAGGGUGAGCUCAUCAACAUCCACAAUGCCUUUCACCAAGGCCAAUACGAGACCGUAAUCGACUUCGACACCUCCGCCCUCUCCCCCGAGAACCAGCUGCCCGCGCGCGUGCUCAAGCUCCGAGCCUUGAUCGCCCAGGGCCAGUCCGACCGCGCCCUCGCCGAGAUCAGCAGCGACGACAGCGUCCCAGACCUGGCGGCCGUUAAGGCCCUGGCGCAGCAUGCCUCUGCCGACGAGGAGUCCGCGCUCCAGCUCGCUCAGGACCUAGCGGAGAAUUACCCGGAUAAUGCUACCGUGCAGGUGCUGGGUGGGACGGUGUUCCAGGCGCUCGGGAAGAGCGAGGAGGCGCUGGCCUUGCUGGCUAAGCAUCAGGGGAGUUUGGAAGCUGUUGCCUUGAUUGUGCAGAUUCACCUGCAGCAGAAUCGGUCCGACCUCGCCCUGAAGGAGGUCCAGGCUGCGAAGCGCUGGGCUCAGGAUUCGCUUUUGGUUAAUCUGGCCGAGUCGUGGGUUGGAUUGAGAGUCGGCGGCGAGAAAUACCAAUCGGCCUUUUACGUCUACGAGGAAUUGGCCUCUGCGCCUGGCACGUCCGCCCCGCUGUCCAUUGUCGGACAGGCUGUCGCUGAGCUCCACCUGGGUCGCAUCCCCGAGGCUGAAGCCGCGCUGUCGACCGCUCUGGAGAAGUAUCCUGACGAGGCGGAGCUGAUCUCCAAUACUAUUGUGCUCAAUGUGCUGGCUGGGAAGCCGACGGAAGAUAUGGAAUCGCGCCUGAAGCAAGUCCAGCCCUCGCACGCCUUGCUGGCCGAUAUCCAAGAGAAGAACGAUCUGUUCGACGUCGCCGCCGCCAAGUACGCCCCGCGUGUAUCUUCUUAGCACAAUUUAUCUCUUCUCUUUUGUCAUUCCGUUCAUUCUUGGGUUGGGGUUGCUUGCAAUUGGAGCUUUUUCUUUUUUAUCCUUAUAUCUUUUUAAACACUUUUUGUUCCUUAUGGUGGCAAUAGCCGGUGCAUUCUAUUCUCCAGGUAUUACCCAGCGAGGCCUGUUAUUCGGUUCCCUGUUUUCUUGUCGGGGUUGAUGUAUGGCUCGAGGUUGUGAUAGAUAGACAGACAUAUACUAUACUG